AUGAGAGUUUUUGGAGCUUUUGCUCCUUUUGUGAUAGGAGAUGUGUACUUGCACUUUCCGAGAGGAUCAAAUAAUCGGUUGAAUGAGAACACCGAAAAUCGAGCGAACGAUAAUCGCGUUUUUGAUUCCCAGAACAACAAUAGAGGCGGUUAUAACGUCGGUGAUGUUACCGACGCCGCUGCUGGAAACAACAAAGAAAAUCAAAAUCGAGCCGUCUACUUUGAAUCCACCUCUGAAGCUCCGACUGAAAUUCAAAUAGAAUGGUGGAAUCAGCAUGGAUGCGGGAAGCGGGAUGAAAACGACGGGAAUUGGGUGAACUGUCAGAUUGUUCUUCAAUACAUGUGCGAAGAUAGUGCAACGGCUUCUAUUCAAAAUGGACUUCAGACAAACACGGCUCAAUAUACCGAUGCUGGAGAAGAUGAAACCUUGGAGGAGUUUCAAGCGCGAAGAGAUGCAGAUAUCCAAGAGAGUGAGAAUCGUGGCAUCCACGAGUCUUGGGAUAAUUACGAAACCUGUGUGAAUCGAAAUAGAAACUACGGGCUUUUCAACGCAGAUCAAGAAGUUCAACGAGGCGGUGCAAUUUACACUCGUCAAAACCCAAACGGAGGGCGAAGUGGAUAUGAAUGCUCGGAAGAACGCGACUACUACCCUUACUGGCAUCCAACUCCAUGGAAAGAUAUCGCGAUUCUGACUUCAGAGCCAGAAAAAUGUGAAGAGAUCGUAGAAUCAAGCGCGAAUCGACAAAUGCGGUUUGAGUGCAUUGAAAAUAUGCGUGGUUACAGUAAAUGGAAUACCGAAAAAGAGUGCGCCGAAAAUAAUGGAGAAUGGGUUGGGUUUUACAACGGCAAGUUUACGUUUCCAAAUAUCGAAACAGAAGAAGAUUGCUCAAAGCUUUCUCAAGAAAUUGGACUGUCUAACGACGUAGUUUGGGGACGAGAAUAUCCAAAGAAUGAGAUCGUUUUCAAUAGAAAAGCGAACUCCUGUAUUCUUCUCGAAGAAAUCCCUGAAUGCAUCAAAGCACCGUGGUCGAGAGCAAAUCAUUUGGGCCAUUCAGAUCAAAACAACUAUUUCUCAACUUAUCGUUGGGCUCUUCCUAAUUUCCAUGGCUUGGUUGAAUCUCAAGAGUGUGUUCUUAGAAUCCGUUACAAUAUCACUACCAACGACUAUCACGACGAGUUCGACAAUGAAGAAACAUCCACUUAUUUUCCCGGAAAAGAAGCUAACGAAAAUCCAGAGCUAAAGCCAAGACCAAAAGAAGUAGCCGUCAACAAGCGAAUUGUCAAUCUUGGUGUUCGAGGACGGCGCGGUAAUAUUGUGCAAACUUUCCCAGCUGUCGAAUACGAUUUUUCGCCAACAAUCCUUGAAAUCUACGAAGAUGAUUUGGUACACUUUCAGUGGGAAGGAAGCAACACUGUUCCCGCUUCAGACGGCGAAGGGACAGAAAGCACCGAUCGAAGUAACAUCGUCCCAUUCACUGUAAACAACGGAAAUAUUCCAUCUGGCGAAGUGAUGAACAACGGGAAAAGAAACUAUUUUUCGAUCGACAAUAAAAGUCACUUUCAUGUGAUGUUUGUGAAGAAAAGUACCGUUUCUGAGAUCCGUCAUCAUUGUGAAGAGGCGAAAAUGGCCAUUCCGGACAUCAAUUCGACGGAAUUUCACGAAGCGUUGAUUGAAUUUAUUCAAGCUAAAAAUGCUCUUGAAGAAAUCCCAAUAACGACGGGCCUAGUCGAGCUACAGAUGAGCAGCAACAGUAGCUUUCAUGUUAUGAAGAAAAAUGGCACAAUUGUUGAGGUCGAUGAGAGGGAAAAGAUAUUCGAAGAGGCAAUUUGCGUCACCUCGCUGGAUCAUGAAGUUUUGAGGACUCAAAUCGGUGGACCCGACAUGUUCGAAAAGUGGAUUUGGAGCUCCAUGAAUAUUCGAGACAUUGAAGAUCUCGAAAACCUCAAGCUUCAAUUCGCAAGCUCAGGAUACUACGGGUGUUACAAACCACAGCACUGCGACACUUCGAUGGCUGAGAAAACUGAAGAGCUGCAAAAUCAGCUCAACAAUGCUCCAGCUUCAUUUCACGGCAACAUCGUUCAAAUGAAGAUAGGAAGGCAUCAUUACAUGGGCACGCGAAACAACAACUUCUCAAACAGAGCUCAGAAAGGGACAAUCAUCGUCAAGGAAGGAGAAUAUCCAAAUCCUCGAAGCUCUGCUGAAAUCAUGAGUUUUUGCAUCUUGCUUUUGGCUUUCGUCUUUAUGAUUUGA